UAUAUAUCAAUAUUUAUUUAACAUUAAUGAGCUUCUUGUUCGAUAAAUAUAUAUAAGGGUUACAUGGAAUGAAUGUAUAGAAGGAUUCAACAAUAAUUGGUACUUAUUUUUUGAAUACAUUAUCAAGAUGUCUAAGAACUACUCGGGGUCUAGUAUAAGUGAUUUCUAUAGAGGAAAGGAUCAAUGGAGUUUCUAUGUACCACCAAUAACACCAUCGAAACAUCAUACCGUUCUAUACCAGUUUCCUGCAACUCUCUCAUCAAUACCUCAACCUCAUGUGCAGAGGAAUCCAAAACAUUGGGAUGAAGAUCACGUGAGAAUGCCCUAUUCUGCAGAAAAUUUAUAUCCUCUGGAGGAAGGUGGCACUGAAGCAAUCCUUGUAUCAAGGUGGAAACUGAUUUGUGAAGAGUUGAAGAAACCAAUAAAAUCAUUUGCAGACCUUGAAAAAGCAAUUUGUUCUUAUAAUCGAUCAAUUUCAAAACUAACAGCACUAAAAAUUUUUUUUGAGGAAGUGCUUUCAGAGGAAGAAUCGGAAGAAUUCUUUGAAAAUAUGCUACCAAAAAUAAUUCAGUUAGCACUCAGACUCCCAGAAAUCGUCCCCGGAAGUAUACCCCUUUUGAAAAAGCAUCAUAGCAAAUCUGUGAGUUUGAGCCAAGUGCAAGUAUCUUCACUUCUAGCCAAUGCGUUUCUAUGCACUUUUCCUUGGAGGAAAAAUGUUUCUUCCUCGUAUCCAGGAAUAAAUUUCAUUAGGUUGUAUAUAUCUAGCCAAAGACCUAGAUAUCGUGAUUCUGUAGCUGAAAAAAUUAAAUGUAUUUUACAUUAUUUUCGAAGAGUGACAAAAACAGAGCCAAAAGGUGUUAUCACAGUUGAAAGAAGAUUUUUACACAAGACUGAAAUCCCUAGGUGGGAUACUUUGCAAAAUAAUCUCGGAAACACCAGAGUCCAUAUUGCUAAUACUGGUACAAUAGAGGAUGAUGGACUGGGCUUUUUGCAGAUCGAUUUCGCAAACAAGUAUGUAGGAGGUGGUGUAUUGGGUUAUGGCUGUGUACAAGAAGAAAUAAGGUUUGUGAUAUGCCCAGAAUUGUUGAUUACCCGGUUGUUCAUCGAACAGUUAGAUGAUACUGAAGCCGUUAUUGUUAGAGGAGUGGAAAGAUUCAGCAAAUACACAGGGUAUGGAGAAACCUUCAAAUGGGAUGGAAACUACGUGGAUAACACCCCAUUCGAUAUUUAUUGUAGAAGACAAACAACUAUUUCCAUUAUAGAUGCCACUCUAUUCUGGAAAGCUGAUCAACAAUAUUAUCCAAGUGCUAUAAUAAGAGAAUUGAAUAAGGCUUAUGUUGGAUUCUCUUCUCACCACACUGAUAAUCUAGCUCCAGUUGCAACAGGAAAUUGGGGUUGUGGUGCAUUCAAUGGGGAUGUGAAACUCAAGAUGUUGAUUCAAUUGAUAGCCUGCAAUGCAGCACAUCGGGAUCUCGUCUAUUAUACUUUUGGAAAUGAAGAAUUGCAAGAGACUCUCUACAGCAUGUACUUGUUCAUUGCCAAUAAUAAGAUCAAAACAGGUGAAUUAUGGAAGAUAUUCUGUAGAUUUGCUGCUGCAAGAUUACAAAUUCAUCAGUUUUACUCCUUCAUUCAACAAUGCUGGUUCGAUAUAAAGGAUAAUCCAACGAUCAUUUCUGAUAAUUCCGCAUUCAAGCUGCUCAGUAGGGAAGGAAUACAAUAUUAUGGACAGUCUUCUAAAAGGGAAACAUCACCUGCCAAAAGUCCCUUACAAAAACUUAAGAAGGAUCAUUUCGAUACACCGACGACAUCCAAACCUAUAGGUAGUGCUCAGCCAAAUUUUGUUGAAGGGGAGAUUAUCCCUUUUUCUCAGGAACGAAAGGAACAUGGAGCAACUUUGAAUAAUGAUGAAAUCCUUUCAUCCGAUAAACCUAGAUCUACAACAUUUGCCACUUAUUCGCAGUCCAAUUCAAAUAGUGAUUCAAUAGCGGCUCUACAUCCUAAAUCAUUCUACAGUAUCUCAACAAACAAGUUUAGUGAGAAAACUAAGUUCAACAAGAAAUUCUUCGAAAAAAGUCACACUGAACUUUUGAAUAUAUUCAGUACUAUAGAUGGGCCACCUAUUGGUAGUGAAGCCAAGGAAGAGGUUUCUGAUACACUAUUAACAGCUUCAGAUAAAUGGCUGAAAGAAGAGAACACAGUGAAAGAACAGAAGAUGAUGCAAACAGAUGACUUUGUUGUUAUAAAUAUGAAUGAAAAUACCAUGGAAAUUGAAGAAAAUCAUCAGGAAUCUGAAAGCAGAGUACUUCAAACGAAAAAUAAAAUCACAGAUUAUUUCUCGAAGUCCACUAAAAGCUAGUUAUUCUGGGGUUUUUAUAAUUUACUCUCAAUCCUGCA